AUGGCGGACCAAGUUGGCACUCCUGCAGAGACUAAGGCGUUGUGUCUGGCCAGCCAGGAAUCUCAUCGGCAGAUGUUCCGCCAGAGCAUUGUCCCGCAUGGAGAAACUCCUCUGGGGACUCUGUCCCGCCUGAGCGAUGCUGCUCAUCGAUGGCUGCGCCCUCAAGAACGCACCAAGGAACAGAUUGUGGACAUGAUCGUCCUGGAACAAUUCUUGUCUCUGCUUCCAGAGGAGAUGCAAGUUUGCCUGAGAACUAGAGGGCCAGGCAGCAGCGGCAGCAAAGAGAUUGCUCGCAUGGUGGAGGCUGCCCUGCAGCAGCAAGAACCAGCUGAAGUCGUCGUGGAGGUGAGGAAUGCUGAAGGAUUUGUGCAAUGACUAAUUCUGGUUAUUCAAAAUCUAUAAUGCUGUCUACCCGUAUUGGGCUAGGCCAGAUGUGAGGAACCUUUGGUCCUCCAGAUGUUGAUGAACUACAACUCCCAUCAGCCCCAACAAGCAUGACCAAUAGCCAGGGAUGAUGGAGGUUGUAGUUCUGGAGCGUGGAUUUUUCAUUGGGGGGGGAAGAACCGAUGUGAUUGGUCAGUUAGUUAUUUCUAUUGUUUUACUUGAUCUAGGGUGGGCAGUUCCCCCUCCUCCUUGGCUACACCCAUGAUCUGGAGCAUCUUUUCCCAAACUUGGGUCUUUGGCUGUUUUUGGACUGCAACUCCCAUCAUCCCUAGCUAGCAAGACCAGUGGUCAGGGAUGAUGGGAACUGUAGUCCAAAAAAACCAGCCGGAGACCUGUUUGGGAAACACUGAUAUGGAGGGUCAAAGGUUGUCCACACCUGGGCUAGACAAUGUGGGUCAGAAAUUUUGCUCUGGUUAAAGCUGGUGGGAAAUGAAAAUAUUUUUUUCCUUCUGGCCGCUAUAAGCCUCACAUAAACUCUGCAAAACCGCAAGCUCCAGAAAUGUGUUCCAACUACAACAACAAAAACCAACCUCUGGUUUUCAGGAAUCUGAACUUUGAUUCUUUAUGGCACUAUUGUGACUAUACAGCAAACAAAACUUUAGGUGUGAACAUUUUUCAGCUGCCAGUGAAUUUUGAGGAGCCAUCGGAGUCCCUUUCUGAAAGUGAGCAGACUUCAGUGAACCCCAGGCAAAAGACCCUUUACUGGAAAGUCAUGGAGGAGAGUGAUGAGAGCGGAUCAUCAUCAAUGGGUAAGAACUCUUGCCUUCCCUUUGUUGCUGGAUGCAAACAACUGAGCCAGUGAAGGAGGACUUGUUGAUGCAUGCUUUUUAGCAAAGUUGAGAUGUGGAUUACAUAUCAUGCAUAAAACAAUUAUUCUUUCUCUCUUAUACACAUACUCAUCAGCUGAGUAACCGCUCGCUUUGUCAUGUCCCUUAAUUGCUAACCGCUAUGCAACCGGGAUUAGGGACGCGGGUGGCACUGUGGGUUAAACCACAGAGCCUAGGACUUGCCAAUCAGAAGGUCGGCGGUUCGAAUCCCUGCGAUGGGUGAGCUCCUGUUGCUCGGUCCCUGCUCCUGCCAACCUAGCAGUUCGAAAGCACAUCAAAGUGCAAGUAGAUAAAUGGGUACCGUUCCGGUGGGAAGGUAAAUGGUGUUUCUGUGCGCUGCUCUGGUUCGCCAGAAGCGGCUUAGUCAUGCUGGCCACAUGACCCAGAAGCUGUACGCCGGCUCCCUCGGCCAAUAAAGCGAGAUGAGCGCCGCAACCCCAGAGUCGGCCACGACUGGACCUAAUGGUCAGGGGUCCCUUUACCUUUUACCUUUAUGCAACCUGGAUUGGGGUCUCCUGAGCCAAAAGGUAGAAUUCAGUUGUCCGUGAAGCAUUUCUCUUACAGAUCACCAUUGCUUUUUCAGUGCUUCAGCUGUCAGACAGCAACACAUCACAAACAAAAGCUGCCAGUCUUAAGAAGUCUGAAACAGGGAUCCUAGCAUCUAUACAGGUGAGCAAACCUUGGGGAAUAGAGGGAAGGGAUUUGGGGGAGGAGAUAAAUGAGGAAUGCAAGGGGUGCGUGUCACUCACUCACUUUCUUUUUGACCUUAACAGCCUGAAUCCACACAUCCAGUCUCAACUUGCACUGUUACCAAUCCAGGUAAAUUAUUUUAGUUACUUACCUAGUUUUUGAAUUUAUAAUUCUCCCUUGCCCCAGAGAGUCCAGGGCAGCAAACAGAUCCUCAAUUUAAAACCAAAGCAAUGACAUUUUGCAAACAAGGCAAGUGGUAAGCUUUGCAGGUUGCUGUUAAUGGAUUUGAAUAUUGUAUCUUUAUAUUGUUGGAACCCACCCUGGGAUCUUACAGUGAAGGGUCAGGAAAAUAACAAAAAUAAAAGACGCGGGUGGCUCUGUGGUUUAACUAGGGCUUGCCGAUCAGAAGGUCAGCGGUUCGAAUCCCUGCAACGGGGUGAGCUCCCGUUGCUUGGUCCCUGCUCCUGCCAACCUAACAAUUCAAAAGCAUGCCUGUGCAAGUAGAUAAAUAGGUACCACUCCAGCGGGAAGGUAAACUGUGUUUCCGUACGCUGCUCUGGUUCGCCAGAAGUGGCUUAGUCAUGCUGGCCACAUGACCCGGAAGCUGUACUCCAGCUCCCUCGGCCAAUAAAGCGAGAUGAGUGCCGCAACCCCAGAGUCGGCCAUGACUGGACCUAAUGGUCAGGGGUCCCCUUACCUUUACCUUAUCUUUAUAUUGUUAGAACCCACCCUGGGAUCUUACAGUGAAGGGUCAGGAAAAUAAUGAAAAUAAAAGAUACCACCUAUGGCACUCUCUUUGAUGCAGAUAAAAUAUAGGGCUGUCCUGGCUGCUUCACAAAGGAUCAACAGAGGGAGCUUGGAGGGCUCUGAAUCAUUGGGAGCUGGUCCAUUCGGGUGGAGGAGGCACUGCCCCACCAAUUACAGCCUGCCCUCCAUCACACACACACACCGCCAUGUGUUUGCCUUCGGACUUACAAGGGCAGCAGUGCCUGCCAGCUUCCCCUGCCUAUGUCUGAGUUUCCCUUGUAGAACUAAGCAUGGAGGAGAAUGGGGAGACCCCACUGGAAUGAGUUGGCUCCGCCUCUCCUUGGCUCCGCCUACUGAUCGGGCUCCCUGCCUUCCGACCCACCAGCCACCUCUGGCUCAGCAGUAUUUCCCCUGUGUUAUGUAGGGCCAUCUCUUGGCUUUAGAGACUCAGAGGCAUCAUAUUCUGCUCCUUUGUCACUGACGCAUGUUGUCUUCAAUGCACUGCGAGGGGGACAGUGCAUCGGUUGGGGGCACAUGUGCUGGGCAGGAGGGCUGAGGUUCAGUCCCUGGAAUUUGCAGUUUUAAGGGAAGAGGAAAGGAUUCUGCUGGAGGACUUGGAGAGCCACAAUGCUCAAAGGGCAAAGUCUUCCAUCCUCUUUCGCUGCAGUGACCAAACAGGUGCCCAUAAGAAAAGAGGCACGCAGGACCCGAUUGCAACAGCAAUCUCCCCAUUUGUGAUUCCCAGCAACUGGCCCUCAGAAGGUAUAUUUCCUCCAACAGUGGAGGCAGAACCUAGCCAUUGUUAUCAUCAAUAGCACUGCCCUCCAUGAAUUUGGCUAAUCCUCUGAAAUAUACUUGGAGUCAAGAGUGGAUUCCAUGCUCUUUAUUUAGCUCAUAGUGGUGAGGAGGAAUGGAAGUUCCCCCAGAAUGUCUGCUUUAUAUACAUUAUUUACACAAUGGACCCCACGUGAUUGGCUAAUUCCGGGAUUCUCCUGUAGGCCAAUCAGGUUGCGGAUUCACUUCCACCUGGAGCUGGAUUGAGUGGCUCCUGUGGACCAAUCAGACUGCUGCAUUCUGAAUCCUAUUGUUCCAGGACCAAUCAGACUGCUGCAUUUUGGAUCCUAUUCAACUCAGUACAUAACAUCCUCUUUUAAAGCUGUCCAGUUUGGUGGCCUUCACUACCUCUUGGGGAGAGCAGAUUCCAUAGUCUGAACUGUACAUUGUGUGAAUAAGUACUUUUUUUUGUCUGUCCUGAAUCUCCCAACUUUCAGCUUCAUGGGUCAUAGAAUUAUAGAAUGGGAAGGGACCCUGAUGAUCAUCUAAGCCAAUUGCCUGCGAUGCAAGAAUGUCCAAUGGGAGAAUGCUAUUUUGUUGUUGUUGUUGUUCCAGAUGUCAUUACGGUGGAAAUAAAUUCAGAAAGAGAAUUUUGGCAGGAUGAUCCUAAAGACGAAGGGAAUGAGAUUCCUUCCUGGCCUAUUAAGGAAGAAGAAGAUAAUGUGAGCUGGUACUGGCCACAGCAAAGCGAUCAGCAAGGAAGCCACCCAUGGAAGGAAGAGGGAAACGCAUUUCAUUUUGGAAGCAAUUUGGAAGAAAACCACGAUCCACAGAUCCACUUACAAACCGAACAAGAAGUGGUUGACUACACUUCUACUUGGCCUGGGGAAACAUACACAAGCACAUCAGGGUAUGAGAAAAGGGACCCCAGAGGAAAAUCGUCCUACAUGUGGCUUGAAUGUGAAAAAUGGCCCCCCUUCAGCUCUGACUUUGUAGGCCACUUCACUGAACUGAAUCCCUCCGAAAACACCUUAAGCAAUAGUUCAGUCCUCUUUAAACAUGUUGCCUCUACCACAAGAGAAAGAUCGUACGCUUGCAAGGACUGUGGGGGAAGUUUCGCUUGCAAAUCAAGCCUUGAUCGGCAUCGGAUGAGUCACACAGCCAACAGGCCCCACAAAUGCCAUGAGUGCGGCAAGAGCUUCCAAGCCCGGUCAAGUCUUGUUCGUCACCAGAGGAUCCACACAGGGGAGAAGCCUUACCAGUGCCCCCAUUGCGGCAAGAGCUUCAGAGCGAAAUCAUCCCUGACCCAGCACCAGAGACUUCACACUGGAGAGAAGCCAUUCCAGUGUCCUGAUUGCGAGAAAAGAUUUAAUCAGCGCAUGAAACUCGUCUAUCACUAUAGAACCCACACAGGCGAGCGACCCCAUCAGUGCUUCGACUGUGGCAAAGGCUUCAUUACACGUUCAGGUCUUGUUCAACAUAAUGAGAGAGUCCACUCUUAG